AUGAUUGCCUUUCUCAACAAGCUCAUCGUAAGCAUCCUAGCAACUGGUGCUAUCUUACCGGCGUCAUGUCAUCCGCUUUCCGAUCAGCCCCUUGUCAAAGUGCGCAACGGAACAUUGGCCGGUCGCUACAGUAGUCAUUACGACCAAGACUUUUUCCUGGGCAUCCCGUACGCGAAAGCGCCAGAGGGAGACCUACGGUUCCAGCGAGCCUUGCCAUCCGAUGCCUGGGAAGGAUCCCGAGGUGCAGACGAGUACGGCGUGAGCUGUUAUGGAAAUUCUCUUGGGCUGGAGAGUUUCAGUCAGCCAUCAACAUCGCAGAUGAGUGAGGAUUGUCUCUUCUUGAGUAUCAUCAGGCCUGCAGGGCUAGGGCCCAAGACUAAACUGCCGGUUUUGGUCUGGAUUCACGGUGGUGCCUGGGCAGAGGGCAGCGCUAGCGACCCGAGGUACAACGGAUCGUUCCUGGUUCAACAGUCCAAGAAAAUGGGAUCCCCAAUCAUCUGUGUCAGUUUCAAUUACCGACUAGGGGUGUUUGGGCUUCUCCCUGGAUCACUGGCGGAAAGGGACGGCAUUACCAACGUACUUUUGCAUGACCAGCGCCAGGCACCGCAGUAUUUUCAAGACAACGUCGCGGCCUUCGGAGGGUACCCAGGCAAGGUGACCUUGAUGGGCGAGUCAGCAGGCGCAGGCUCCAUUGGUUUCCACCUUCUUGCGUACGGUGGCCGUGACGAUGGGCUUUUCCAUGCAGCGAUUGCCCAAAGCGGCGGCCCCUUUUCCGUGUACGCUUUGCUUGAUAGUGCGAAGAGAGAGGAGGACUUUCAGAAGAUACUCGACCUGACCAACUGCGGGAACUCGAGGGAGACUCUAGAUUGCUUAUAG